AUGCUUGAUUAUGGAAGUGUCGUUUUAACAUUAAGUAAUGUUUUGUUACCAUCAGAAAAACUUUAUCCAAAUCCAACACCUUCGAUGAUUGAAGGUUUACCAUAUGAUAUUGAAUAUGAUUUAAGAUUAAUCGGAUGUGAACUUAUACAAACAGCAUGUUUAUUAUUAAAAUUACCACAGACAGCAGUAGCGACAGGUCAAGUAUUAUUUCAUCGUUAUUUUUAUUCAUCAUCAUUUGUUCGUCGUCAAAUGGAAAUUGUUGCAAUGGCUUGUACAAAUCUUGCAGCUAAAAUCGAAGAAAAUGCUCGACGAAUUCGAGAUGUUGUGAAUGUAUUUCAUCAUAUUAAACAAGUUCGAUCAGGAAAAAAUAUUCGUCCAUUGUUAAUCGAUCAAACCUAUAUUGAUAGAAAAAAUGAAGUUAUUAAAGCUGAAAGACGUUUACUGAAAGAACUUGGAUUUUGUGUUUAUGUUAAACAUCCACAUAAAAUGAUAACAAUGUAUUUAAAAGUAUUGGAAAAAGAACGUGAAAGACAUUUAGUACAAUAUGCUUGGAAUUAUAUGAAUGAUAGUUUACGUACGGAUAUUUUUCUACGUUUUACUCCGGAAACAAUUGCUUGUGCAUGUAUUGAUUUAGCUGCACGUACUUUACAAAUUUCAUUACCUAAAAGCCCUCCAUGGUUUAUUAUAUUCGGUGCAAGACAAUCAGAAAUUCAUUUUAUAAUGAUAGCUAUUCUUCGUCUAUAUAAACAUCGACCAAAAUCUCUUGAUGAAUUAGAAAAACUUGUGAAUACUAUUCGUGAAAAAAGAGAUGAUGAUCGAAAAAAAAUUCGAUCGGAUUUAAUUCAAUCAACAGAAUUAGGUAAUGAUUCACCAUCACAACAAAUUGCUCAAAAUUCUAUAUCAUCAACCGUAAUUAAUACAACGACGACGACAACAACUUUUAUAAAACAAGAUGCUUCAACUGUGAUUGCAACAACACAAGAAAUAACAAAUGUAACUACAACAACUACAAAUGGAAAGAUUAUAAAAAAACGUGAUAGAGGAAGUUCAAGAGAAUCAUCAACAGUGAAUACACAUCGACAUCAUCGAUCGAGAAGAAAACGAAGUAGUACAAGAAGCCGAUCAUCAUCUCGAUCAACAUCUCGUUCGUCAGUUCAUCGUUCACAAAAGAAAAAGAAAACUUCUCGGCGAAGUCGUUCACGAUCUCGUUCAUCCACACCUAAAAGACGAAAACAUCAAAAAGAGAAACGACAUCGUAGUCGUUCGUCAAAUCGUCGAAAGAAAGAUAAAAAACGUCGAUCACGUUCUUCUUCACCUGAAGAAAGUCAAUAUUCUACUACUAACAAACAUCCACUUUCAACGAAAGACACAAAUAAUAAUCUUCAUCAACGUUCACAUCAUCAUCAUCAUUCAUCCAAACAUUCAAAUGGUGUUUCUUCAUCAUCAAAUAAAAAAUUAAAAAACUAG